AGGCAAUUCGAUUUUUAGAAUUAACAAAUGUUAUGGAAUCAGUUAUAGGCAAUGAAGAAUUAACUGUGGCAGCAGAUAUUCAUUCACCUUCGCCACAAGCAUUCAAUACAUUUGAUGAUCUUAUGCUGUUAUCUAAAAUGGUAGACUCAUAUACACUAGAGUACGUGAAAAUGCAAUCGGCUAUUUUUCAAGUAUUCUCAUCAGAAAUGAGAAACAAAACAAGAUUUGUGAUUGAUGAGUUAUUAAGUUUUGUCCCUGGUGCAUUUCUUUCAGCAGCCGUCAGUAACUUCACAUAUAUCGGUGCUCCAUCACAAGAAUUAUGUUUGGUUAUGCCAUUUGUAAUGCUCCCAAAUUGUCUAUCACUGUCAGAUUCUUUACAAGAUAUUACCAUAUAUAUGAUUUUGGGACUUACAUUCUGUGUAAUUUAUGGUAAUAUAUUAAAAAAAAUAUUUAAUCAAUUGAAAUCAUUAGGUAGUGGUUCAACAUUUGGUUAUGAGAAAGUGGUUUAUUGGCGUGACAUAUCAUCAGGAAUGUCAGCAAUACCAUAUUUUUCUACAAAAGUCAUAGCAGAUAUACCAAGAUUAAUAUAA